GAUGGGACUAACAAAGAAGCCACAAGCACAGGAAAGUUGAAUCAGGAGAAUGAACACAUCUAUAACCUGUGGUGUUCUGGUCGAGUGUGCUGUGAAGGCAUGCUCAUCCAGCUGAGGUUCCUUAAAAGACAAGACUUACUUAAUGUCCUGGCCCGGAUGAUGAGGCCAGUGAGUGAUCAAGUGCAAAUAAAAGUAACUAUGAAUGAUGAGGACAUGGAUACAUUUGUGUUUGCUGUUGGCACUCGCAAAGCUUUGGUGCGACUGCAGAAAGAGAUGCAGGAUCUGAGUGAGUUUUGUAGUGAUAAACCUAAGUCUGGAGCAAAAUAUGGACUGCCAGACUCGUUGGCCAUUCUGUCAGAAAUGGGAGAAGUCACAGAAGGAAUGAUGGAUACAAAGAUGGUUCACUUUCUUACACACUAUGCUGACAAGAUUGAAUCUGUCCAUUUUUCAGACCAGUUCUCUGGUCCAAAGAUUAUGCAAGAGGAGGGCCAGCCCUUAAAGCUGCCUGACACCAAGAGGACACUACUGUUUACAUUUAAUGUGCCUGGCUCGGGUAACACGUACCCAAAGGACAUGGAGGCUUUGCUCCCCCUGAUGAACAUGGUGAUUUACUCUAUUGACAAAGCCAAAAAGUUCCGACUUAACCGAGAGGGUAAACAGAAAGCAGAUAAGAACCGCGCACGCGUGGAAGAGAACUUCCUGAAGCUGACACACGUGCAGAGGCAGGAGGCUGCGCAGUCUCGGCGCGAGGAGAAGAAGAGAGCCGAGAAGGAGCGGAUCAUGAAUGAGGAAGACCCCGAGAAGCAGCGCAGGCUGGAGGAAGCUGCUUUGAGGAGAGAACAAAAGAAGCUGGAGAAGAAGCAAAUGAAAAUGAAACAAAUCAAAGUGAAAGCCAUGUAAAGUCACCUCGAGGGCUCCGCCCAUCCACCUGUAAGCUCUGCGCCCACCGGAAACGGGAAAAGCACGAGUCCGUUUCCCCCUAAAGUUCACAUAUUCCUGUGACUGAGAAGUCCUUAGUCCACCCUCCCCUCUUGGUUUAGAGUUCUACAGAGGCUGUAGAUACAUUGAAAGGGCUCUUUCACUUAUUUCCUCCCUCAUAAUCAAAUUAGUUUGAUUAUUUUAUGAAAGAAUGGUAUAUAAAGUACGUGUAGUUUAAAAUAUUUUUAAAUUAUAACGUGAAUCAUCAGUGCUUUGGUGUUUGAAGAACAAUCAUGAAAUUUCUAGAUGGGUUGUUGCUUUUUGUUUAAACUGGGCAAUUAGAGUAACUGUGGAGACUGACUCUAAACCAAGACCCCCAGAGUUCCUAUUGGAAUUGCACAAUAAACAUUGCUUGUUGUUUUCCUGUGUCACAUUAAACUUGUGAAAGAAGUGGAAUUUAGAACCGGUAUGUGGUGAUGACUUUCAGAGACCCUGGAACAUAGUGCAGUGUAUUGGUUGUGUGUGGGCGGUGCUGACGACAGUAUUAUAGGAGGAAAGCUCCAGGUGUUAGGAUACUGUAAGUCCACGGCAGAGUCUAGAGGUAGGUAGUACAGGAGCAGUUUCUCCUGGCCUGGUACUAUGAGCUAAUGACAGUGUGAGUGCUGAGUUUGAAGUAGUUGGAUGUUUAUUUUUCCUGAGUAAGAAAGCAUGAAAAGCGAGCUGCUUCACCUAGCUCUGAUCACCGCUCUGUGAGGUCAUAGGGCUUUGCUUGGUUGCUGCAGCCUGUUGGGUCUUCACGGAGAAGCUGUUCUCUGUCUUUCUCAUGAGGCCUCCUUUCUUCUCCCUCUGCUUCUAUCUUGUCCACAGCUGAGGCUGUUAUGUACUUUCUUGAAACAAAUAGCCAUUGAUAUGCAUAAGUAUGCUUUUUAAAAAUGAGCUUUCUUAAAUGAUUGAGAGUUUUGUCUGCCUCUUGAGGCGGGAGCUUUCAUGGGGAGAGGCCCCCCCAUCUGCAUAAGCAUUGGCUUGUUGAGAUCUCUGCAUUUUAUAAAUGCUUCCUACUGAGAAAGCAUUUUUUAAGUCACUCUUUGUACCAGGUAAUUUUUGCUGGGAUGGGAAAGAGUUGUUUUUGUUUUUUGUUUUUUUUUUUUGGAGGGGGGGGACUGGGUGAUGGGUUUUUGUUGAUGCUUUCUGUGUUCUGAGGCAGUAACAGUGAGUUGUGGUGAAAACAAGUGUGUGCUGUUGCCUUGGGAAUUAUAUGGAGUUUUUCAUGUGGCUUUGUCUAGGUUAAUAGAAAUUGUGUGCACUGGGAUAUGCAGGUGUAUGCUUUUUAACAGUUCACAAGUUUUAAGUUAUUAAGAAUAACACAAAAUCGAAUCACUUUAAGGCCAUAUGAUUCUAGACUUAACAUUGUUUUACAAAUCUUUAAAAUACAUUUUAGAAUCAAAAUUGAUGUGCUUAGUAUCUUUUGAGUAAUAUAAGCUUUCUUAAAGUCCCAUACAUUCGGACUGUGGCAGCUAAUUUUGUAAUUUAAGCAUUCAUAUGAACUACCUAUGACAUAUAUUAAAAACUGUUGACAAAAUCUGA